AGAAUCGAGGUCGUAGUUGGUCGUAGUACGACUCAAUGACAAGUCAAACAUACAUUAUUAAAAAUGGCAAAUUUGAUUGGAAACACCAGUACACACUAGAACUGUUUGAUGAAUCUUUUUGAUACAUGCACAAUCGUUUUAAAUUCGCCUCUAAAUGCUCCAUAACCAGUGCAAGAAGUUCUCAAUCAAUCGUGCAAGGCAGUAUUAAAUAAAACGACGCGUAGCCGCUCUUCGGCUCUGUAUUCGUGGACCAGCAUAAAUAACAACAACAAUAACAUACUUUCGGACUUCUUUCUGAUGAAAAAAUACAUAUUUUUAACUUAAAAUGGGGAAAACUGAGAUAAAUAACGAGAUUGUUUUAUUACGACAUACAGUUCGCCAAGCGCGUGUUUGCAUAGUGAAUAAGCUAAUCAGGGAAGCCAAAUUCUUACGGGAUAAAAAUGGAAAUGAAGCUCAACGGGAGAAGAACAAAAGAAAAGCUGACAAGCUUGUAGCAGAGGUUUAUGCACUGAAAACCAUUAAGGAUGAUGAAAUUUCUAAAUUUGGUAUCAUGAAUGAAAAGGAAGUGAAAGAUAUACUGCAAGAUCAAUCCUCAAGUAGCAAGGACCGCAUAAUAGCAAGAGUUACAGACUACAAAUCUUUCCACAGAAGACUGAUGCAGUUCAGAGAAAGAUUUCCAGACUACAAGAUGCACUUAUCAGAAGGAAAGAAGAAAACUACAAGACUGAAAAAGAAGAAUUCAGUGAAGAGCAAGAAAUCCUUGGCAGAAAAUAAUCAUCAUCCUCAGCGUGAAGAUACAAAGGAACUAAAUGUUGAUUCUGAUAAUAUUAUUGAGGAUUCUCAACAUGAUCCCAAAGACAAGAAAACCUGCGCAAGCAGAUUAUGUGAAACAAAGAAUAAAUCAGGUAAACGCAAGAAGUCCUCAAAUGAGGACAAUACAGCCUUGAUCGAUAAAAAGUUACCAAAGUUGGUAGAAGAUAAUAUAUCAAAGGAUGCAAAUAAAGAACCAAGUGAAGUUAAACUAUGUAGCGUUACAAGGGAAGGUACAGUAAAACGAUUCGCAGAGCUCUUAAAAGAGCAAGAUUCCACUGAAGAUGUACAGACGUCUGCAGAGAAUCUACAGACCGACCACGAACGUGCUGCAACUGUGCAAGCAAGAUCAGUCAAUGACUUCUUUAUUACAGAAAACGACGAAGAAGGUUAUCAAGACGCUAAUGCUUCAACGUCGCGCACAAAAUUCGAUACUUCAGCCAAAACACUUGGCACAAAUAAUCGAGUCAAAACGCAAAACGCAAAGUUCAAGAACGAAAAAAGGAUAGAAAAGGAUAAAGCUCAAAAAAAUAGUCAAUCGAAGAAACAGCCGAGAGGAGAGAAGAUGACUGGACGUAAUAAAUAUUCGGAUGAGCAAUCUUCUGCCGUGAGACAGGAGAAAAGGACAUCUAACAGGAUCAAUAAGAAUAUAAAUAAGAAUAAUUUAAACGUCGUCAAUGACGGAGAGAAAGCUACUGAUUUACAUCCUUCCUGGUUGGCUAAGAAGAAGCAGCAAGAAGUUAUGAGCCAAGGAUUUCAAGGGAAGAAAAUCGUAUUUGCAGAUGAUUAAUAGAUUAAUAUAUUAUGAGUAAUAUGAGACUAAUAUAUUAUAAUAAUAUGAUUAAUCAAUUCCCUGCACAUCUGUAACUAUUUACGAGUUACUCUCGGGAGAAGAAAUAAAAAGGACAUUUCAUUAAUCGCGAACCUAUGACGCAUUGAUUGCGCUCAAUAAAUACAACAGUUGCGCA